AUGAUGCCACAGAACCAAACAGACAUCUCCAAAUUCCUACUUCUGGGCUUCUCUGAGGAUCCAAAACUGCAACCAGUGCUUUUUGGGCUCUUCCUGUCCAUGUACCUGAUCACUGUGGCUGGCAACCUGCUCAUCAUCCUGGCUGUCACCUCUCACUCCGCCCUCCACACUCCCAUGUACUUUUUCCUCUCCAGUCUGUCUGUGACUGACAUUGGUUUCAUCUCCAUCACGGUCCCAAAGAUAUUGGUGAACAUUCAGACACAGAGCAACUCCAUCACCUAUGUGGGCUGCCUGGUACAAGUGUCCUCUAUCUAUUUCUUUGGAUGCCUGGAUAGUAUGUUCCUCGCUGUGAUGGCAUAUGACAGGUUUGUGGCCAUCUGUUAUCCUCUCCACUAUACGGUAAUCAUGAACCCCCACCGCUGUGGUUUGCUAGUGUUGGUAACUUUUGUCAUGAGCCUUCUGAACUCCCUGCUGAACUUUUCAAUGUUUUCACAACUUAGCUUCUGCAGAGAUGUGAAGAUACUUCGUUUCUUCUGUGAUCCUCCUCAACUUAUUAACCUCGCCUGUUCUGAUACCUCCAUCAAUGCCAUACUCGUAUAUAGUAGUGGUGCUCUCUUUGGUGGUGUUCCGGUCUCAGGCAUCCUUUUAUCUUAUGCUCGAAUUGUCUCCUCCAUUUUGAAAGUCUCCUCUUCCAGUGGGAAAUGCAAAGCCUUUUCCACAUGUGGCUCUCACCUGUCAAUAGUUUGUUUAUUUUAUGGAACAGGCCUUGGAGAAUACUUCGGCUCAAAUGUCUCAUCUUCUGCCAGGAAGGAUGUGAUGGCCUCAGUGAUGUACACCAUGGUCACUCCCUUGCUGAACCCUUUCAUCUACAGCCUGAGGAACAGAGACAUGAAGAGGGCUUUGGGAAUUCUGUUCAGCAGAGCAGCCAAAUCUUAA